AUGAAGUGGCCGGGUACUGGCGGAGAGGAAGAGGCGGGCGAAGCUGGUCUGCAGACAGCGCGAGUAUCGCAAAGUCGAGCCCAGGACGACGCCGCUGUACAUUAUGUGUUCCAGCGAGAGAACCAAGAAGCUGAUUUGUCUACACUAGCUCCUAAACAACGCUGGGCGGUUUGCGAAGAUUCGAUAGCAGAGAAUCAAGAUAAAUGGAAGAAUCAUACUCCUAUAACAAUGAAUAACAUACAACACCAAGGUCAUAUACAGUUAAAGAACUCACAAACCAAUCAACAAUAUAUUAACCAGGCGAUAGCAUCCUCGGUGGGCACGCUAGCUAUAAACCCGUCUGUGAUUGGAAGCCACCCGGCACAUUUGACUACAAACAUGGUCCAUACCCAAUUGGCUCCAUUACAAAACCACACAUUGGGUAACAAUUUGGCCAUACAGAACAGCAUGAUGCUGCAACCUCUUCAAGGAAUGCAGAAUGCUCCUCAAAUGGGGCAGCAAGGUUUAUAUGAUAUUCAUCAACACCCAGCCACUCCCAUGCAAGCUCCUAUGAAUGGCAUGGGCAAAAGUGCUGAGCACCUCAUGUAUCUAAGUCAGGCUGGCAUGCUUGCCCCCGGAACAAAUCAAUUUCUACAACAAGGACAGAAUCAACUUGGGCUUACACCAGUCGCUGCAAUAAGAAAUCAGGUAAGGAGUAGCUUUAGAAUUGCACCAUCUGCAAAAAAGUUGUGGGACAAAGGACCUGGAGCUGGAGGUGAUAUCAAAGGACCACCGCACCUACCACCCUUGCAGCUGAACCCUGAACAAAUGUGGCGAGACCCCACUUGGUCUGCUCAAGCAGUGGAACACAAUGUGGGUGUACCAAUGAUGGGUACCCGUCGCGGGGUAGCGUUCCCCGGCGGCGAUGCCAGCAGCAUCCUCUCACCGAGAGACACCGCCGGCCUGGGGGUCAAGAUGGUGGAGUACGUGCUGAGAGGCUCCCCAACGGAGGGUGGCGCGGCGGGUGCAGUGGCGGGCGGCGUGGCGGGCGGCGGAGAUAAGGUGGCGGGCGUGGUGGCGGGCCUGCGGGGCAUGGUGCUGGACGAGCGCUCCGACGACAAGCAGCCGGCCGACAAGGACCUGCACGAGCUGCACGAACACGCCGCGCUGCAGAACGGACUGCACAACGGGCAGGACGACGACAAGGCCUUCAAUCGCACCCCUGGCUCCCGGCAGCCGUCUCCCGCUGAGGAGGAGGGUGGCGUGGGCGGCAUGAACAACGUGGGCACCGGCGGGGUGAACGCGGGCGGCGUGGGCGUCGGGGUGGGCGUGGGUGUUCGCAACGGCGAGGCGGGCGCCUUCCCCCUGCUGCCGCACGCGCUGCCCGCGCCGCAGCCGCAGCUGCACCACCUGCCGCAUCUGCAGCACCCGCAGCAUCACCCCGGUAUGCUUGGAGUUGCUCCUCUCCAAGGUCUGCCACAUCCACAGCAUCCUCAACUUCAUCCUGGCAUGAAUCUAAAUGACUCUAUGAACCAGCACAUUGAACUUGUAUUACAAAUGGAACAGCACCCACAGUUUGACAACAACAGUUUUGCAAACACACAACAGUACGCGGGCGGUGUGGGCGGGGUGGGCGGUGGCGUGGGCGGUGUGAGCGCGUCCAGUAGCGGAGUGGGCGGCGCGGGGCUCGUGAACGGAGCGUCCGUGGUGCCCGCCGCGCCGGACUCUGCGCAGCAUCACCAACCCUUCGAGCUGCAGACACGGGGGCGAUCGGACGGUGCGGUGUUCACGGAAAAGGCGAUAAGAUCGAGGCGGAGCACGCUCUGCCGCACCGAGCCUCCCACCGCCACCACCGACACCACCGACACCACACCGACACCACCGACACCACACCGACACCGUGCUAGAGAACCUGCGGAUGCGGCCAGCCUUAUGCGUGUCGCACUGUCACUGCACUCUUCCUGUCCACCGGCCAACGUCCACCACCCACCACCCAUCGCCCAUCAGACCCUUGCACAACCUGCGUCCCGUGACCUGCCCCGACCGCACUCUUACAUCACCUCGGUCGCUGACAUACCCCUUUGUAUUGAUAAGUUUGUGAGAAACGCUGUGCAAAUAAAUGUGGAGCGAACUGAAUUAGCCCGUGUGAGUCAGAAGAGCGCGCUCAGAUUUCAUCAUAACGAACGAUACGCUUUAACGCCACCAUUGAAACUGUCUGAUCUAUUCAACUAUUAUAUAUUGAUGUACGUUUUCUAUGAACCUCUUUGGAAACAAACAGUCGUCAGGAGAGCUCUCGUUCUCUGUGAGCCUAAAAGAUUAGCUGGCCGACGGGCCGAUGGCAGGCAAAGUGAAGUCCCAGGGGCGCGCCUCCUUGUAAUUGAGAGCGCCCGCGGGCCGAUAAUUGUGGCUGGCCGCGGAGGCACGAGCCGGCGCCCUCUCCGACCGUACCGCGUAAAUCAUGCCCGUUACUCACCAUUACCUCAUAAUACCAAAUUGACUUACGAGGAUUUUACCACUCGCAAAGAGAUUUUCUACUCUUUUGUUGUAUUUGUUUUCCGUUCGUAA